CAGGGUGAUAUUUCAUUUGUGCGUUUUUGUCGUACGACAAAUUUUUCAAGCCUGUUGAUUGGCUAUGGAAUAGAGAGAUCCGAGGAUCUCUCUGUUCUAUACACAUUUGUUGUACAACAAAAACGUACAAAUGAAAUAACACCCUCAAAUUAGAGUCCUGACACUCCUGACUCUACCUCAGAGAUGCGAUCGGUCGGUCGGUUUUGGUUUGGGUUGCGAAGCGCGCGUCAAAUCAAUCGCCGGGUUUACCGACACAGUGAAUCCUGACAGAAACUCGGUUGAUUAAUUAGACAGAUAAAAGUUAAUUAAGUGAUAGACAGUGUCACCUGGUGUCACCGUCGAAACCGUAGAGACCGAAACGGCGCUCGUGAGAAGCGAAAAGCGCGUCCUCUUUCUUCAUGAUAAUUAUUGUUAACAGCGACUUAAUUGUUACUUGUACACAUAAGACAUAUUUCAUAUGAUAUAUGAUGGUGGAAGAAACCAUGAGAUAUCUUAUCUUUCGUAAAUACACACAAUAUAUUUUGUACACACAGUGUUUUAUAUAUAUAUGCGCUCGGUGCCGUUUUAACAAUAGCAGUAAUGCAAUAGUGUCAAAUGAGAUGCGAAAUUUUUUAUUACUUUAGUGUUGUGAAAAGUUUGCAAGACUUGCAGUUUGGAUCGGUCUGAAAAAUGGCAAACACGUUUCUGUAUUUCGCUUAUGGGAGUAAUUUAUGCGCUAAGAGGAUACAUUUAUGUAAUCCGACCGCAAUAAUGAAAGACAUCGGUUACAUAAAGAAUUUUAGACUGGAUUUUCACAGAUAUUCUAAACGAUGGCAUGGAACAUCUGCCACAAUUGUAGAAACAGAACAUUCAGUCGUGUGGGGUGUAGUCUGGGAAUUAGACAAGUGCAAUUUAGCUACAUUAGACUCUCAAGAAGGUGUUCAAGAUAAUAUAUAUCAUGCAAUGUCAGUGAAUGUUGAAACUUCUGAUGGUAGAACUUUAAAUUGUCGAGUGUACCAGCAGUGUAAUAAUCCAAAGGAAUAUAUAAAGCCAGAAGAUUUUCCAAUGGAUAAGAGACCUUCACCGUUAUACCUGAGUACAAUAUUAAAAGGGGCCAAAGAAAACAAUCUUCCCACUGAUUAUAUAAAAUUCUUGAAAACUAUUCCAGAUAAUGGAUAUGAAGGAGAAUAUGACAUUAGCUUUUCUUUGCUUUAAAAUUGAUGUCUACAACAUUUUUAUUGUACGAAUAUUUUUGAUAAUACGGAUGGAGGAUCACAUAUUCU